AUGUCAUGCUUUAUAAAUGUAAAACGUGUACUGAAUCGAAGUUUUUUAGAGUCCUUUCAAAAAUUGCUGAUAACGUCGCGACGUUCGCAGACAAGUGAUUGUUACGCGAAAACAAUUCCAAAUCUAAUUUUAAAUAAAGAUACUAGGGUUAUAUGUCAAGGUUUUACAGGCAAGACGGCCACAUUUCAUUGCAAAGCAGCCCUGGAAUACGGUACUAAACUGAUGGGUGGAGUUUCGCCAAAGAAAGCAGGCGAAGUACAUUUGGGUUUACCCGUAUUCAAGUGUGUAGAAGAGGCGAAAGCUGCCACGCAACCUCAUGCGACCAUAAUAUACGUUCCACCGGCAAAUGCUGCUAAAGCGAUAUUGGAAGCGGUCGACGCAGAAAUACCAUUAAUUGUAGUCAUUACCGAAGGUAUACCACAACAUGAUAUGAUAAAAAUUCAAAAUUAUCUUAUGGAUCAAGAUAAAAGUCGUUUAGUUGGUCCUAAUUGUCCCGGUAUUAUAGUGCCAGAGCGUGACACAACUCCGACAAUGCCUCUCUUAUGUAUAUGGCCGGGCAUUAUGCCCAAUUUGCACUGCUCUGGCGCCCUAACCUAUGAGGCCGUUAAUCAAACCACCUUCUAUGGUUUGGGUCAGACGUUGUGUAUCGGCAUAGGAGGUGAUCCUUUCAACGGCACCAACUAUAUUGAUUGUUUAGAGGUCUUCUUAGAUGAUCCUGAAUGUAAAGGAAUCGUAUUAAUUGGAGAAAUCGGUGGCGACGCCGAAGAGAGGGCCGCUGAAUUUUUAAUUGAACAUAACAGCGGUGAAUGUCGUAAACCUGUUGUCAGUUUUAUUGCCGGAUUAACAGCACCACCUGGCCGUCGUAUGGGUCAUGCCGGAGCCAUUAUAUCGGGCGGUAAGGGUGGCGCCAACUAUAAAAUUAAAGCUUUGGAAGCUGCCGAUGUUGUAGUUACCCUUAAUCCCGCAGCUAUCGGACUACGGGAGACUAUUAAGAUGAAAAAAAAAGGAGAAAUUUAUUAUUACAUGAAUAACAGUAGUAGUAGUAGUAGUAGUAGUGGAGAAUGUGCUGAUGCUGUCGUCAAAGAGGACAAGGAGAUGGUGAAUAUGGAACACGAACAAAAUACAAAAUGCUUACCAACGUAA